AUGUCUACCGACGAGCCCGCUCUCGAUCUCGAUCUCGAUGAGCGCAAGGCGCUCGCCACACAGCUCAAGCUCAGCGCCAAUGCACUGUUCGCGUCUGGGGACUACACAGGGGCACGCGACGGCUACACCAAAGCUAUCAAUGUAUACGCCGAGGACCCUGUCAUCUACUGCAACCGCGCGCAGGCGCACAUCAACCUCGAAAACUUCUCUGAAGCUGCUGCCGAUGCCCAAAAGGCCACAGAGCUUGACAAUAGAUCCACGAAGGCAUGGGCACGGCUUGGAAAGGCUCAACGCCAUCUGGGCCAAUUGACCAAAGCCUCUUUCUCCCUCGGUGUUGCGUUGGAUACACUCCCGGCUGCGAGCAAGAUGACUCCGGCCGACAAAAGACUCCGCGAAGAAGUCGAGAAGCUCAUACACCAAGUCUUGCUUGAUGGUAGACGACCAGAGAACAUGCUCGAUGCGGUAUGGAAAGGCGAAGCGGACUUCCUUCCCGAACGUAACUCGCUUGAUGUCAUCGAGCAACCGGACGUCAAUGGAAAGCGUCCUUGGGAUUGUGCAUACGCCGUUUUGCGUCCUAUUCUAGAAGGCACCCACGGCCGUAAACAAAGCAAGGCCGAGCGGGAGGCAGAAGACAAGAUUGUGCUCCAGAGUAGCGUGACUCUUGUGUACUCUGCAUAUGUCGAGUGGGCGAAGGGGUUGCACGCCCUAUCAUUGCUCCAAACAUUGCCUCGAAAUGAUGGUUCCGGUCAAGUCGAUGCAGCCGGAAGGAUAGACUGCACUCUGCAAUUCGUGUCCGGUAUCAUACGAGAAUACAGGGUCCACAGAACCUUAACCCGCCAGGAGAACAAUAGAUACAGCUCACAAAUGCUGUUCGAGAUUCAAACAGGUCAAGCCUGGAGAUCUUCGGACAUCGAGGAGAUCAUACGCGACGCGGCCAAGCGCCUUGAACAAGAAGGGUGGUCCAAGGCAUUCAUACUUUCACUAUCCUCAACACUAGAUGUCUGGGUCUUUUGCUCCUACCGCGCCGAUAACGAACUAGGAGAGUUCAAAGAGGCACUUUCUCUGUACAAGUUCGCGAUACGGCUAUUGGAAUGGGCACGAGCUGCAUGGCCGGCGGACAAACCCGAUCGCCCGGAGAUCCUCCAGGAAUGGUGGGUCCGUGCGGUGAAGCGCUUGACCUGGCAGACGUUCAUGAAGGCCUCUCAAAAGUCGAGCCCAAAGCACGAGGAAUUCUGCGCAUCGCCUGAAGGUGAUAUCGACGACUUCUUCGAAGAGGUCUUGGCGGUCGUUCAGGAGACGGAGGAGAGCCUGAAGACGGCUGCUGAGAAGUACAUGCCAGGUCGCGACGCGUCUUUCAUCCCAGCAUUCUGGCUAUACCCGAUCGGCGAAGGCUACGCGGCGAUGGCAUGGGCGCGGUAUAGGAAAGCGAAAGAAUCGCCUGACGAUGGAGCAGAGUACAAACGCGCAGCUCAGUACUGGAUUAAGGCUGCAAGUUUCGUCUGGCUGGACGACGAAUACCACGUCUACUGGCUUGCCAUGGCCAUCGAGAGUUUAUGGCAACACAAAGCAACCGCCCGCGAGAUACUACCGCUUUGUUCAAUGAUGCGUGAAGCACUGCCAGAUGCAAUGAAGAUAUGGCAGGACUCAACCGAUCUUGGUCGCGGAGGCAGCAGAGACUUUAUCUUCAACCUUGUCAUAGCGUAUGACGAUUCCGUGCGUGGCAUGAUUAGCCGCGGUGAGGCUACGCUGAAUGAUGUGUUGGCGCCGGAGGGCUGGCUUGAACACACCGCGCAUAUUGAUUGA